AUGUCGGAGCGCUUUGAUUGCCACUACUGCCGCGACCCGCUGCAUGGGAAGAAGUAUGUGCAGAAGGAGGGCCGCCACUGCUGCGUGAAGUGCUUUGAAAAAUUCUGUGCCAACACCUGUAUCGAGUGCAAGAAACCCAUUGGCGCUGACUCCAAGGAGCUGCAUUUCAAAAACCGUUACUGGCACGAUAACUGCUUCCGCUGCUUUAAGUGCUACACGUCUCUGGUUAGCGAGCCCUUCAUGCUAAAGGAAAACAAUAAAGUUUGGUGUAGCAGCUGCAGCGCCACUGAGGGUGCCAACAAAUGCAAAGGCUGCUUCAAAGCUAUUAUUGCAGGAGACCAAAAUGUUGAAUACAAGAAGUCAUUCUGGCACAAGGAAUGCUUCACCUGCAGCCAGUGCAAGCAAGUGAUAGGAACCGGCAGCUUCUUCCCCAAAGGAGAGGAGAUCUUCUGUGUCUCUUGCCACGAACAUAAGUUUGCCAAGCUGUGUGUUAAGUGCAAGAAUGCCAUCACUUCUGGAGGAAUCACUUACCAGGAGCAGCCUUGGCAUUCAGAGUGCUUCAUCUGUACUGGCUGCUCAAAGCAGAUUGGUGGGAAACGCUUCACUGCUGUGGAGGAUCAGUUCUACUGUGUUGAUUGCUACAAGACAUUUGUUGCCAAGAAGUGUGCUGGCUGCAAGAACCCCAUUACAGGAUUUGGAAAAGGAUCCACUGUGGUCAGCCAUGAAGGCCAAUCCUGGCAUGAUUAUUGUUUCAAGUGUACCAAGUGUUCCCGUCCUUUGGCUAACAGGCGCUUUGUCUAUCAUAAUGAGCAAAUUUACUGCGCUGACUGUCCCCAUAGAUUGUAA